AUCUACCUACUAACCUCAUCCCACCUCCUUGACCUGUCUGUCUUCCCUGGACUGACCUAUCCCCUCCCUACCUCCCUACCUAUACUCUCCUCUCCACCUAUCUUCUUUUCUCUCCAUCUUCGGUCCGCCUCCCCCUCUCUCCCUAUUUAUUCCAGUUCCCUCUCCCCAUCCCCCUCUCUGAUGAAGGGUCUAGGCCCGAAACGUCAGCUUUUGUGCUCCUGAGAUGCUGCUUGGCCUGCUGUGUUCGUCCAGCCUCACAUUUUAUUAUCUUGCCAGCUGAUAUCUUGUUCCGCAGGAGAGAGGCCGGCUUUGUCCGCGUACGGGAAACGCGGUCUCUGAAGCCGGGAGAGGCCUGGAAUGGUACAGCAAUGUCAAAGUCCAAAAAGGCUCAAUUAUUAACCUCUCCAAGCCUCGGCAGUGCACGUAUCCAUCUUGUCUUUCGGAUUGAGUUACCAUGGCGAUGGCUCCGGUUGCCACGCCGACAGUUUCCAUGGCGCUCUACACCGUGUUGUAUCCGGUAUUCAGUGAGCUCGAGGAGGUCGAUGCAGAUGCUGCUCAGACACUGAGGACAGUUUUCACUGAGGCCGAGGUGAAGAGCCCAGGGCUGUGCCAGAAUGUGCUCCUGAAAAUCCUGGAGCAGGACAGCGUGGAUGUGGAUGUGAGCUACACUGAGGCACUGCUUCGCAUGUCAGCUCGGGAUGCAGAAGGUCCCCUCGAUGAGGCCGGUGAUGGAGUGAGCGAGAUGUCGGGAUUGCUGGAGAAGGGUCAGGCCCUGAGGAAGGCCCUGAGCACGAUCGUGGACAGCAUUAACCAGCGAGAGCUCUUCAUCGAGACCAUCAGGGACUCGGGCUCAGCGAUGAGGGAUUUCCUGGUGACAGCGUCCGAUCUGAUCCUGGGCUCCCCCACGGAGAGGCGCCAGGAGCUGAGCCACAGGGAGAGAGAGUUUGUCGCUACCUCCAAAGCAUUCAGGAACACAGUGAAGAAACAUUUCAGUGAGCCACGGAACACUGAUGUCAUCGUUGGGGCUCUGACCCUCAUACACCAGCUCAAUCUGCUGGCGCAGGCCUUUACCAGGCUUUGGUAAACUCUCGCCUAGACCCAGCCUCUGAUCCGAAGCCAUUUUUAUACAGCGAGGGCCACGGAGUUAGUGAGGGAAACACUUCCCAACCCACAAGUGCUGCAAUUGACGUUAAACCGGCCUGCGGCUUCUCCCUGUCCAUUCCCACUGCACUGCUCAGCUCAUCGACUGCGGAAGCCUUCGUCCAGUUGCCUUGUUUGCUCCCUCUGGCCUCACUGUGCCCGUGGGGAAUUGGAGAUUGACUGAACAUCGCUCCCAGCUCCUGUAUGAGACGCUAAUAUCCACCUUCCUCAUGUCCAAAUCCCUCCACACCUCUGUCACACCUCCCUAUCCCUGCCAACCCCUCCAGCCCCCUACACCAUCUCCCUAUCCCUGACAACCCCUCCAGCCCCUCCCCAUCUCUGUCACCCCCUCCAGCUCCUACACCCCCUCCCUAUCUCUGUCACCCCCUCCUGUCCCUACAACCUCUCCCUAUCACCCCCUCCAGCCCCUACACCCUUCCCUAUCUCUGUAACCCCCUCCAUCCCCUACCCCCCUCCUGAACUCUGUACCCCUCCAGCCCCUACACCCUCUCCCUAUCCCUGUCAAUCCCUCCAGCCCCUACACCCCCUCCCUAUCUCUGUCACCCCCUCCAACCUCUACACCCCCUCCCCAUCUCUGUCACCCCCUCCCUAUCUCUGUCACCCCCUCCAUCCCCUCCCUAUCUCUGUCACCCCCUCCAGCCCCUACCCCCCUCCUGAACUCUGUACCCCUCCAGCCCCUACACCCUCUCCCUAUCCCUGUCAAUCCCUCCAGCCCCUACACCCCCUCCCUAUCUCUGUCACCCCCUCCAACCUCUACACCCCCUCCCCAUCUCUGUCACCCCCUCCAACCCCUACACCCCCUCCCUAUCUCUGUCACCCCCUCCAUCCCCUCCCUAUCUCUGUCACCCCCUCCAGCCCCUAUGCCUCCUCCCCAUCUCUGUCACCCCCUCCAUCCCCUCCCUAUCUCUGUCACCCCCUCCAAUUCCAGCACCUUGACCAUCCCCCGAUACCCAUCGUCCCACCAUUGGUGGCCGUCCCCUCAGCUGCCUGAGCCCUGAUCUCUGGAACUCCAGCCCUCAACCUCUCCGUCCCCUCCCACUCCUCCCUCUCUCUCCCUUCCCCUCUCUCCCCUCCUGCAGGACUGCGCUUCAAUCCCAUCCCUUGCCCCAAGCGCCUGAUUCCCUGUCCUGCUUCUUGGAGCGCCGUGCUCUGUUUAUCGGCAUCCCCUCCCCUUCGGGAAUGCGUGUUUCCAUUAAA